AUCAAUGGCCAUCCGAAACUGGACAGGCACCGUGAGCACCCUCCUGGUUAUGACAGCUCUUCUACCAUGAUGAGCAGUGAGCUGGAAUCCAGCAGCUUCAUUGACUCCGAUGAUGAUGACAACACAAGCAGGUUGAGCAGCUCCACUGAGCAAAGCACUUCAUCCCGGCUCAUACGGAAGCACAAACGCAGGAGGAGGAAACAAAGGAUGCGGCAGAUUGACAGGUCGUCUUCGUUCAGCAGCAUCACUGAUUCUACCAUGUCCCUAAAUAUCAUCACUGUCACACUCAACAUGGAAAAGUAUAACUUCCUGGGAAUCAGCAUUGUAGGACAGAGCAAUGACCGGGGUGAUGGUGGCAUUUACAUUGGCUCUAUUAUGAAAGGAGGGGCUGUGGCAGCAGAUGGCCGAAUUGAACCAGGAGACAUGCUUCUGCAGGUGAACGACGUCAAUUUUGAGAACAUGAGCAAUGAUGAUGCAGUACGGGUUUUACGGGAAAUAGUCUCCAAACCAGGACCUAUCAGCCUAACAGUAGCCAAAUGCUGGGACCCUACUCCCAGGAGUUAUUUCACCAUCCCCAGGGCUGAACCAGUGAGGCCAAUUGACCCUGCAGCGUGGAUCUCUCAUACCACAGCCAUGACGGGAGCGUACCCCCGUUACGGUAUGAGCCCCUCCAUGAGCAUCACCACAUCUACCAGCUCCUCACUAACAAGCUCAAUUCCCGAUUCGGAAAAGUUAGAAGAAUCUCCCUUAACUGUGAAGAGUGACAUGGCUACUAUUGUCAAGGUUAUGCAGCUACCAGACUCAGGCCUUGAAAUCCGGGACAGGAUGUGGUUAAAAAUCACCAUCUCCAAUGCAGUGAUAGGAGCAGAUGUGGUUGACUGGCUUUAUACACACGUGGAAGGCUUCAAAGACCGACGGGAGGCUAGGAAAUACGCCAGCAGCAUGUUAAAACACGGCUACCUCAGGCACACUGUGAACAAAAUCACCUUCUCAGAACAGUGCUAUUACGUCUUUGGAGACCUCUGUGGCAAUAUGGCUGCACUGAACCUUAACAAUGGUUCCAGCGGAGCCUCGGAUCAGGACACCCUCGCUCCACUUCCACAUCCUGCUGCUCCCUGGCCCUUAGGCCAAGGAUACCCGUAUCAGUAUCCUCUGCCCCCUCCAUGUUUCCCACCAGCAUACCAAGACCCAGGCUUUAGCUAUGGUAGCGGCAGCGCAGGGAGCCAGCAAAGUGAAGGAAGCAAAAGCAGCGGCUCGAACCGAAGCAACAGCGAGAACAGCAGGAGAGCUCUUGGCAGAGAGAAGGACCGCAAAUCGGCUGGCAGCGGCAGCGAGUCCGACCACACCGCCCGCAUGAGAGGCUCAACAUCUGCCUGUGCUCUGCAGCUGAGCUUGACGUUCGUGCAUACCUGCGAGCAGCUUUCAACGAGGACUAACAGCCUGGCAGGAGUAGGUACACAGGAAAGGCUGAAGAAAGUCUGUGGCAGUGAAAGUCAGCUGGAGGAUACGUCCUGUUACAAAGACAUGAGCUGGAACAAGUUUUCCUGCCUGCAGACCCAGGAGAUGAAUCUGCUGAUGGAACCCAUCAGAGUAUUGAGCUGUUUCUUGUGA